AUGAGAGUGAUUGUGUGGAGACGCUCAAAGCUGAGUGGAAACUUUUGGAACAUUCUGAAGAUUGCACUAGUUACACUGUUGAUUGUAACAUUUGUGGUGCCACUCAGAAACAUCUUCUUUUCUGCUGCUCUACCAGGAAUGUGGAAAGAACAUAGCACUUUCUUUCUGUUGAAGGUCGUGUUGGAUUACCAGUCUUUACCUGCUGAUGGCGGUCACCUAAGUCAUAGCUCAGUAAUAUUUAAUAUUAACACAAACAAAAUGCAAGAGAGGUUCCCUCUUUCUCAACAAAGUUUCCAGGCGUACUAUGACAGAGUUGCAGUACUUAGUAAAUUGUCCGCUUCAGACAGGGCGGCAAGAUUAGAACUUGAGCAGCUGCAACGUUUUAAGCCUGGGAUGUCUAAACAUGAAAGAGCAAUUUCUUUGUUUACUCUGGAUGUGUUUGUCAGUGCUUGCGAAGCUGCCAACCUGACAUACUUUCUAGUUUCAGGCUCAGCAUUGGGGGCCUUGCGCCACCAUGGCAUAAUCCCAUGGGAUGAUGAUAUUGACAUCAUGAUGAAUUCUUCAGAGUGGAAGAUGAUCACCAAAGUCCUUGGAAAUUUGCCAGAUUUUGAGCUAUACAGGCCAAGAAAUGUACAGUGGAAGUUUUUUAUGAAGUCUUUACCUGCAGGCAACAAACCAUUUAAGUGGCCUAAUGUAGACAUUUUCUUUUUUAAUGAGGAUGACACUCACGUUUGGGCUCAAACUAUGGGAGCAAAAGCAUCACUAUGUAGUAAAAAGUCUGAUGUGUUUCCACUGGUGAGAAGGAAGUUUGAAAUGUGGAACCUCCCUGCACCAAGACGGUUGCACUUUUUAGUCUCAGCUGAGUUUGGUCAGUAUCAGUCAGUGUGUAAAACCUCAUAUUAUGACCACAAAAAAAAUAGGUUUUCUCCAAAGCAUACUUUGGCAACGGUUGAUUGUGAAAAGUUGCAUAAUGUGUUCCCAUUUGUAUUCCGGGAAACACACAAACAAGGAGUUAUUGUUGAAGUCUGUAAGAUUGGGGAGAAGGUUCUGAGAAAUAUUACUGUGCCUUUAGACUUGUGA